CUGUAGAGCACAGAUUUCCAAACGGCAGAGAUGCAUUGGAUGCUAAUAUCGUACACCACGAGCAUGUCUCAACAUCCGACAUUCACUCGUGGAAACGGCGGUCAAAUUUUGCAAGAGGAGAAUAUUCAUCUUUGCAAACAUUCGAAAGCGCACAUGAAGUUGAAUAUCGGCUGCAAGCCUUUGACCAAGUUUUACACCUGGUGUUAAGUCCACAUGUCGAACACUCCGAUCACGUACGUCGAUCAGCAACUGCGGAUACCGAUUCGUUUAUGUACACGGGCACGCUGAGAAUGGGCGACAAAAUUGGAACUGCCAACGGCUAUAUAUAUGAUGGUCACUACCAUGGGGUGGUACGAACGGAAGAAGAAACCUAUUUCAUCGAACCUGCCCAAAAAUUCUCAAAAUACGCUGAAAGGCGAUCAGCAGAUCGUGUGAUAUACAGAGCCUCUGAUGUCCACUACACGCAUCCAAAAGGUCAGAAAUUCAAUGGCGUCGAUCUCUUCCCACCGAUCUCAGUUGUCAUGCAUCGUAACCGGCGCGAAGAAAGUAGAAGAAGAGAGGUGAGCAAAGGCACGUGCCAACUGAAGCUGGUAGCGGACCACACAUUCGCCAAUCUAUUCCCGACUGACACUGUAGCAGCCAAACACAUGUCCCUGAUUGCCUCUGAAGUAGACAACAUCUUCAGCAAAACGACAUUCUCGCUCGAUGUGCGGGUAGCUUUGUCAAAGAAUAGUCCCAUCGAUGUCUAUCCGUCAAAAGAUUCGUAUCCGGAGACACUCGCCGGACUCGGGAACGAACAACUAUCACCCACAACUCUGCUUGCCGAGUUUGCCAAAGGGGAUUGGGACGACUACUGUCUAGCACACCUCUUCACACACCGUGAACAUCACGGCAUAUUGGGCGAGUCCUACGAGGCAACUCCGAUUGAGGGAAUAUACGGUGGUAUUUGUGCGAAUAGCUCACAAUCAAGCGAGGGCCUGAAUCUCAACACUGGAAUGCACACUAAUCUGAUGUACGGUCAACCGGUUUCUCUUGCGAUUGAGAUCAUCGCCGCCACACAUUCAAUCGGACAUGGUUUUGGCGCCUCACACGAUCCCUUCCACACUGGACCGUGUCUCGGAGGCAGCAAUAACAACCGAUAUAUCAUGACGAACACCACCUUCAAUGAAGUGUCGUCAAAUAACGACGAUUUCUCAACAUGCUCUGUCGACAAUAUCAAUCAAUUACUGGAAUCUGACAAGAUGGCCGACUCCUGCCUUACCGAGGAACCGAGUAAAGUGUGCGGCAACGGCAUUGUGGAGGGUGAUGAAGAGUGUGACACCUUUGGAGCCACGAAGUGCUGUACAAAUAAAUGCGAAUUGGCGGACAAUGCUGUGUGCACGGCUAAUGAUGGUUGUUGUGAUCCAGACACGUGCGACUACGCCAAGAAAGACACGCAAUGCGCCGAGGCAACAGGCUGUAUGGCCAAGGCUGUCUGCAAUGGAAAUAACGCGAAAUGCCCAGAGCAAAAACCUGUUAAAAAUUUUACGCCGUGCGGGGCGGGCAAUGUGCUGUAUGAUGCAUGGAUCUGUAUGGACGGAAAAUGCGGUAAUGAGCUGGGAGGCAACAAAAAAGAGAAUAACCUCUGUGCGGCGUUUGAUGGGGCCGAAUCUUGUGACUGUCCACAGAAAGAGAAUGAGUGCCAGAUGUGCUGCAAAUUUCCAAGUGACGAGGGUGUUUGUCAGACAGUCGAGGACCAUUGUGCGCUCGACGGUACCACAGACAAAGCUUGCUUCGAUGGUGAUAAGUCGGUAUCGGCCUAUUUCGAAGGUGGCUAUCCUUGUGCUGAUUAUAAGGGCCAUUGCGACGGCAGGGGUACAUGCGAAAUGGCGAUCCUACCGCAGACACCCAUACGCCACCAAGUCCUGUUAGAUUCGCCGCUGUGGAGGCCGGUGUCUAAACCGGUGCAGUCGAACUUCGUCAGUCUUUCCAUGGAGUAUUCGAGCUCAAGUAUACACUUUGCGUUCGAGAAUAAUCGAACUUCGCCGAGAAUAGAAGAGCUUUUGGAAUUGCUCAAGGUGGAAAAGGGUGAACGACCCACAUAUAUACGUGUUGGAGGGAAUUCGGUAAUGAAACUGGAAUAUGCGGGCUCUAAAUACAAAUACCCAGACUACGUAUACGUUGAAAAGGCUAUCGAAAAUGAUACACUAAUAGCGUUAAAAGACCACGGCAUGAGAUCAGGUGACAAGUAUAUCUUGGCACUACCAAUGAUGGAGCCGGAUCCUAAAUAUGCAGUCGAAUUUGGGGAAGCGAUCGUAGACAUAUUCGGCGGCACGGAUAUGAUCCACGCCCUUGAGAUGGGCAAUGAACCUGACCACUGGGGUGAUAACAAAGAAGACAAGGUCAACCUACUCAGGAAACGACCUCACUACGAAUUCAAAGGACACGGACGAAUCGCCUUUAAAGAUUAUCUGGAGGAAGUAACCGGCGUCAUGUUACCUGCACUCAGUAAAAGCAAUGUUCUCAAGAAGGUGGGACUGCAGAGCCCAGCUAUCGCCGGUUCCAAUACGAACACGUGGCCUCAUUGGAACGACAAUCUCUUAAACAUGCACAAUGGAAUGAAGGAAGCCAUGGACAAAGCACAGAUGACCACCUCCGAUUCGAAGCCGAUUACAGCAUUUCAUCGGUACGGCAUGUCUGGCUAUUCUGUGCGGUCGUCUAUGGAAACCUUUAUGGCUGAUCCACCGACUGACGGUGCUGAUGAGUCGCGGAAUACAAUGGAAUGGAUUGGCAAGAUGGCUAACCAAAUCGAAGAAAAAGGCGGCGAGUUUGUGCACGGCGAAGGGAACACUGUUACAGGCAGCGGCCGCUCCGUCCUAAAAGGUCUGCGAGGCAUAGACCGAAGUUACGAAGCAGGUGUUUGGAUGUUCAACAAUCUGUUGGAACUUGCGAGCCGGAAUGUCACCCGUAGUCACGUACACGGUGUGUGCGGCUCCUCCUUUGCACCUUUGUACGUACCGUACCUUUAUCAGGACAAAGAUGAACCCGACUUUGAAAGACUCCGGGUAACCCCCAUUUAUGGUGGGAUGUACUUCUUCAACCGCCUGCUGGACGGUGGCAAGGACGCGAUGCGCAUUUCAGUACCAAGUGCGUAUAUUGGCCCAUCCGUGGGCAAUCCCCCAAAUGCCUCAGACCCCGUGGGCGUGAGCCCGUUCUACAAGCACUACCACAUACAGAACGUGGCUACGGAAAAACAGUCGCUGGUCUAUAUCCACAAGGAUCCUACUGAAAACGCCGCGUGGAUGAAAAUUGAGAUUCCGAAGAGCUUCUGUCCCUCUCAGAAGACACUAGCGGUACAGCGCAUGACAAAGCAGAAGAGAAGCGAGGCUACCAGCAACGCGUUCGACCAAUUCACGACAAAUCUAAAUGGAAUUUGGUUCGACCAUGAAGCGGCACAAUACGGAUCGCUGAAUAAGGAAACCGUCACUCUGAAUGAUAAUACGAAGCUUUGGCACAUCAAUAUGGAACCUCUCACUGCCGUGGUGGUGAUCUGUGACUCACUUAUGGUAACUUCAGAAAGACAGGAUACUAUUUUAUCAGACGAUAGUAUAAAAACUCGGCUGGUGGUCGCAGAAAGUGAUUCGGAGAAGGUCAAAGAGUUGAAGAAGAGGCUGCAGGUCUACUUCGAUUCUGAGCUGGACGACGCGACUGAAGGUGAGAGUGACCCGUUGGAGAUACAAGACGGAGACUCGUCUGAAAUGCAGGACUUGAAGGAGACAUUGCGUGAGUGGUUGCAGGCGGAUAUGGAUGAAAACCAGAACGUAGACUCUGUCGAUGCUUAAAUGUCUACGUCUAUUCGGCUCGAUACUCUUUGAGGCGCGGGUGUGGAGAGCUUCUACACGAUGUGAUCACCUUUGAUAGUCCAUGUAUACGUAAAUGUAGCCUUGGAGAUAUUGGAAGGCAAUGGCGAAGCAAGAUGACUACAAAGGCUCGAUGACGUAUGAUAAGAGACAGAUAGGGCUGAGCAGUAGAGUGAAGAGCCGAACUCCUACCCGCAUACAACAUAUAUACUCUAUACCGUGUAUACUAUACAAUCAGCUGGAUUGACACGUGCAGGGCACGUGCAGCGAGUGCAAACGCGACGAGAUAAAAAGUUGCACUGGCUGCGAUAUAAUAGCAAUAAUAAGAAACAGGGGUGAUAGCCGUUGCGAUACGCGUGACUAAUAAACAAUCAACACGC